AUGGCGGCCAGCAACCCCACCACGCUCACGCCCAUCGCCUCCGAGUCCGCCUUCCACGACGCCCUGUCGCAGCUGCCGCCGUCAUGCUUGGCCGUCAUCUACUUCCACGCUCCCUGGGCUGAGCCAUGCCGGCAAAUGUCCACCAUCCUCACCACUCUCGCCUCCACUUACCCGCAGUCCACUCCCCCCACCAUCGCCUUCCUCUCCCUAGAUGCCGAAGAGGUCUCGGAGAUCAGCGAGGAAUACGACGUCUCCCAAGUCCCAUUCGUCGCGCUGCAGAAGGACGGCAAGGUUCUUGAGCGCGUGACAGGUACAGACGCUGGGAAGGUGCGAAGCGCAGUCGAGAGGCAURCGGGGAGUGGCAGUGGGAGUGCGGGCGGCGCGGUACUGCCACCUGCGCAAAAAGUGACAAAGACCCAGGGUCAGGGUGGAGAUGUUGAUAUGGGAGAGAGCGGGCAGGCAGCAAGUGCGAACGAGCAAGGCAAUGCACCCAGCAAAGAGGAGCUCGACACUCGUCUUAGUGAGUUGGUCAAGGCCGCACCUGUAAUGUUGUUCAUGAAGGGUACUCCGUCAGCACCCCAGUGUGGCUUCAGCAGGCAGACGGUGUCUAUUCUGAGGGAGAAGGGCGUGCGGUAUGGCUUCUUCAACAUCCUGGCGGACGAUGAGGUGCGGCAGGGAUUGAAGGAGUACAGCGAUUGGCCCACCUUCCCACAGGUCUAUGUUGGUGGAGAGCUGAUUGGUGGUCUGGAUAUCCUGAAGGAGGAGUUUGAGAAUGAUGCGGAUUUCCUCAAGGAUUACUCGGUACCAAAGGGCGGUUCUGGCGUCACGGCAUGA